CAUUUCCGCCAUCAAAUACAAUUAUCUCGUCUAUUUUAUUUUUAUAUAUUUUGUCUGGUUUGUAGCUUCAACUGCUGGAAUGAGGUCACGAGUCAAACACAAAUCCCAAAUCCGCACGCAAAAAUCUUGGCCAAACCCCUCAGCCAUAUGAAUUGGAUAAUUUUCUCACCCUUUAAUUCCACUCACAUAAACGUAUAAAAAUCUCACCACACACCCACAAACAAAUCUUUCCUCCAAUUCCCAAAAUACCAAAAUCCCUUCAAGUAAUGGCCGCCUCCACGGCCUUCUUCUCUUCAAUUCUCAACCUCCCCACUUCCAAGAUCUCAAAUUCCGAUGUGGGUUUCAACCGGAUCCGCUUCUGGGUCCAAAAGAAGCAAUCUUUCACUCCGGCAAUCCCCAUUUCAAUCGGCGACGGCAUCCCCUCGUCUUCGGGCUCCUGCAAUUCAGCUGCAAUCUCCAAUUCUCUCACUCUCGAUCACGACAGCAUCAACGAUGAGGAGGUUAAGAAGGCGGAGUCGAUAAUCGGGUCGAAAGUCCGGGUCAAGGUGCCCUUGAAGGUGUACCACGUGCCCAAGGUGCCCGAAUUGGAUCUCACGGGCCGGGUCGGGUUGUUGAAGCAGUACGUCGGAGUUCAUAAGGGGAAGAGGAUCUCGGCGAAUUUGCCGUACAAGGUGGAGUUCGUGGCGGAGGAGAUUAGCGGCCGCGGUGGUAAGCCAGUGAAGUUUCUUGCGCAUUUGAGGGAAGAUGAGUUUGAGUUUCUUGAUUGAUUGUGCUUUGAAAUUUUGGCUUUGGAUGUGAUGGUGAUGGUGAUGGUGGUGUGGUGUAAUAAUUUUGUGUAUCAAGUUUUCGUACUUGUGUACUGCAAUGUAGAUAAUGUACUCGUUCAUAUUUACACUUUGCCUAAAUGAAUUGGAUUUCGAGAAA